UGUGCGCGUGCCAACAACACUACGGGAUAACGGAGCCGUACCAGACAGACAGACUGUAGAGAUCACCGGUAGAGAUCACCGGAGACGCUGCGCUGCGUUAACCCGCCGGUGGAUGCGCGGAGGAUGAAGGGAGCAAAGGAGGAGAGGAGAAGAAGAAGAAGAAGUUUAAAGUUUGACGGGUGAUCCGGUGAAAAGCCCUCCAGACCUGGUCCAGACAGACCCGGUCUAUAUAGACCCGGUCCAGACUCUCUCACCUAUAUGGACAACUUGACCUGGCUGCAAACCUCCUCUCAGUCUGGACACCGGCCCGGUGUCAACUUCUUAUUCUCACAUGAUCUAGUCCAGCAGUCCCUUUAAAACGGUUUCAUCUGAUUCGGUUCCAUUUUUUAAUCCGGAUUCCUCUAAUAUAUUAAUAUAUGGGACAACAGGGAGAGUAACUUUGUGAUGAACCGGGACAGAGCGGUACCGGUACCGGGGCCCGGAGCAGACGGGGUCCAGACCGUGAUGAGCCGGGACAGAGCCGGUACCGGAGCUGCUGCAGGGCCCGGGACAGACCCGGUCCAGCCCGCCGCCGUGAUGAUGAUGAGUCGGGACAGAGCGGUACCGGCGGGUCCCGGAGGGGGGGACGGGGGGGUCCAGACCAUGUUGGGGCCGGACAGCGGAGACAGAGACAGAGACAGAGACAUGCUGCUGGACGGAGGAGCUGCUGCCGGAGAGAAGCGGCUGUUCUCCAGCGCGGUGCCGGGCAGCAGAGACGCUCCGGCCGGAGAGAACCAGAACCAAUCCGAACCUCCGCCGACCAACCCGGUGCUAGUCCCGCCGCAGCAGGGCCCCACCGGGCACCGGACCACCUCUUUCUCCGUACUGGACAUCCUGGACCCCAACAAGUUCACGAGCAGCCGACGACCGCAGCAGCACGCGAGCCACCGAGGUGAGCGCGAGCUGAGCGCGUAUGGAGCGGAGAACCGGAGAGAGCGCGAGCCCAGCCUCGAGCCCAGCAAGGGCUGCUACGGUGCGGACGACUACCAGAGCAAGGAAGGCUUUGUGUACAGAAGCCCAGACGAGGAUGACUACCACAGAUCCGGGACCCCAGAUUCAGAGGCUCCAGACGGGCCCUACAGCAGCGAGGAGAGCAGCUCGGCUCUGCCCAGCAACGGAGACAGAGAUCAGGGCCAGCACAGCCACCAGGACGCCAGCAGAGACACCAAGAGCCCCGGAGGAAGCACCGAGGGCCACAACACCGAUGCCCAGACCAACGGGGGCCAGGGCACGCAGGGCAAACCCAAGAGGAAGCGCUCCGGCUCGGACUCCAAGUCGGGUAAGCCCCGCAGGGCCCGGACUGCCUUCACCUACGAGCAGCUGGUGGCGCUGGAGAACAAGUUCAAGUCCACACGCUACCUGUCGGUGUGCGAGCGGCUCAACCUGGCCCUGUCACUCUCCCUCACUGAGACCCAGGUCAAGAUCUGGUUCCAGAACCGUCGGACCAAGUGGAAGAAACAGAACCCCGGAGCGGACACCUCGGCCCCCACCGGCGCAGGAGGAGGAGGACCAGGUGGAGGCAUGGGGGGCCUCAGCCCUCUCAGCCCGUCCCCUCCCAUCAGCGGGCACCUGGCCAUGCACGCUGGCUACGCCAGCCACCAUCACCCCCCCGCCGGCAGUCUGGUCCAGCUGCCUUUCCUCACCGCCAGCCACGUCCUGUCCCCCUUCAUGCUGGGGACACAAGGCUACGCUGCACCCGCCUUCUACAGCACACACCUGUAGAGAGACACACCACACACACACACACACACACACAGCAGACAGAUCCAUCCACUCUGAGCCCAGGGAGACUGAAAUGUUUCAGCAGACAGACUGUCAGUGUUCAGCUCUGCUCUCCUUUUUACUACCAACAAUUUGAAGGCUUUAAUUUCAAUGGAUUAUUUUGAUAGAAUGUGAAUAUCUACCAGAAAACUACUGUACAUAAAUCUAUGUUCUAGCUCCCUAUUCCGAAUGCUGUUUUAAAACCACGUAAUAGACAAAUAGUUGAUUUCCUUUUUUAAAAAAACAACAAAAAAAGUCUGUAUGAAUAUUGAAUGUUUAUUUAUGACUUAAGGAAUGGCUUGAUCUAUUGUCAGUACCGUGUAUAACUCCAGCUGUGAUUUCAUUUCUGUUAUUUAUUGAAUUUGUUGACAGUUUCCAUAAAAAUCCUUGGAUGUACUGAAUCCUCAGCUCAACAUGAUAUCGUCCUUUGAUAUUAAAGUAAUGACAAUUAAAACUGUGAAAAACAGCCCAGUGAACUCAUUCUAAUGGAACAAGGACAGCAGGAAGUCUGUGUUGGUUUGUUCCCACAGUCCCACAACAUGCAGGUGUACCAACUGAAUGUGUGCUGGGACAUGCACUAGUCCUCUGUAACCCCCAACAGGUCAAAUUCAAAAUAACAAUAGGUGAUAGACUCCUUCUCCCACUGCCAGCAGACGAGUAUGUCCUUCCGAUUUAUUUUUUUAUUUCUGGUGUGUUACAUUCAAAGUCACGAACACGCCAGAAAGCAGGGUUAGUAAACAGUAGAAAGCAGUAUUGAGGCCAGUGAAAAUGUUAAAGUGGUUAUGUUACUUAUUCAGUCUCUCUUCAAACUCGGUGCCGACUAAUUUGGACCGAUGUUCGAGCGCUGCUCGGAUGGAGACGGACACAUUUUUGUGGCUGAGAUGACAAAGAAAGCGUCAGAAAAGGGGUGAAAAUUAGCGGGUCCACCUGGGUGUCAUGUUUCCAUCACUGCCGAUCGGAGCCGGAGCCGAUAAAUACCUGUGACUACUGCAGAGUCAUUUGUCCCGGGAAUGAAUGCCGAUCGUAACCUUUCCC